AAUUAAAGCUCUCCCUCUAGUAUAUAUUCCAUAUAUUCUGAACGUGUUUUGUUGUCUGUAUAUAAAUACUGCAUCUAAUUUAAAUUAUAUCUAAGAACACCUGCCGGGUUAUAUUUUUUCUAUAGAGUGGUGUGAGAUUUUCGGAAAUAAUAUAGAAGAAGCUUUUCCGUGCAGAGUCAAGUUACGUUUAGCUGCGGUUUAGCUACGAAAAUCAACUGUGCAACAUUGUUUAUAGCCAAAGGGGGUGGGAGGAAAAAUCUCAGCAUCCACUCGCAGCGAUGAUAACCACGGUGGAGCGAAUGGGGAGCAACUGGAGGCGUAUUGGCAGCGCAACACUAACACUAAAAUCGAAGUCGGCAAGCACGAAUAGCUACAGCUACCGCCAUUAUCAUCUGUCGGUUCAAUGCAGUUCAUGUGUUAGUUGCAGAUUAUUGUCUCCCGCGGUACGAUCACUUGCGAUCACGACACGUCGUCAUUACAGUGCUAGCAACAGUACUUCCCAGUUGGAGUUUUCAAAAGUGAAAGGCUCACAAGCACCGAAGAAACGCAAAAUGGUUGCCAAACUAACCGAAGAACAACGCAAGGAACUUUUGCAACCGCUGCUGGCUGCCGGUUGGAGCAUGGUGAAAGACCGAGAUGCUAUAUACAAGGAAUAUCUGUUUAAAAACUUCAAUGAAGCGUUCGGCUUCAUGACUCGUGUGGCACUAAUGGCGGACAAAAUGGAUCACCACCCGGAAUGGUUCAACGUGUACAACAAAGUGCAGGUCACUUUAGCCACCCAUGAUUGUGGUGGUCUUAGCGAACGAGACAUCAAAUUAGGCAAGUUCUUGGAAGAAGCUUCAAGCAAAUUUUGAAAUUUAUACUCUUAAUUUACCUUGUUUAGAUUUAAUACAAUCAAUAAAACCACUACAACUACAA